CAAUUUUUUUUCUCCUAAAGAGUAAAGAAACUUCUCUCCUUUGUCUUUGUCUCCUCUCUUUCUCAAAGCUAAUAAAUACAAACAUUUGCAUCUUACAUUUCUCUAAUAUCUCUCUAACACACAAAAGAGAAAUAUGCACUCGAGGUACUCUUUAUUAUAUCUCACCAUCCUCGCCGUCUUCACCGUCACAUACGCUGGCGGCGAGAGGUUCAAAGAAGCUCCGGAGUUCUUCAACUCCCCGGAGUGUCUCACCAUCGAAAACGACUACGACUUCGUUUGUUCGGACAAAGCCAUCCACGUGGCAAUGACCUUAGACGCGGCUUACCUCCGUGGCUCAAUGGCCGUGAUUCUCUCCGUUCUCCAACACUCUUCUUGUCCUCAAAACAUUGUGUUCCACUUCGUCACUUCGAAACAAACCCACCGACUCCAAAACUACGUCGUUUCCUCUUUCCCUUACUUGAAAUUCCGGAUUUACCCUUACGACGUGGCCGCCAUCUCCGGCCUCAUCUCUACCUCCAUACGCUCCGCGUUAGACUCUCCGCUAAACUACGCGAGAAACUACCUCGCCGACAUACUCCCCACGUGCCUCUCACGUGUCGUUUACCUCGACUCGGAUCUCAUACUCGUCGACGACAUCUCCAAGCUCUUCUCAACUCGUAUCCCUGACGACGUCGUUCUUGCCGCGCCUGAGUAUUGCAACGCGAACUUCACCACUUACUUUACCCCGACGUUCUGGUCAAACCCAUCUCUAUCAAUAACACUCUCCCUCAACCGCCGUCGUCCACCGUGUUACUUCAACACCGGAGUGAUGGUCAUCGAGUUAAAGAAAUGGCGUGAAGGAGAUUACACUAGGAAGAUCAUAGAGUGGAUGGAGUUACAGAAAAGGAUCAGAAUCUACGAGCUAGGCUCUUUGCCACCGUUUUUACUAGUCUUCGCGGGGAACAUAGCUCCGGUGGAUCACCGGUGGAACCAACACGGUUUAGGAGGAGAUAAUUUCAGAGGACUGUGCCGUGAUUUGCAUCCAGGUCCGGUGAGUUUGUUGCAUUGGAGUGGGAAAGGGAAGCCUUGGGUAAGGUUAGACGAUGGUCGACCUUGCCCGCUCGAUGCACUUUGGGUUCCGUAUGAUUUGUUAGAGCCACGGUUCGACCUCAUCGAGAGUUAAUUAUAAUUUUUUUUGUCGGUUAAAACAAGAUAUAUAUUUUUGACUGAGUAUGUAAAAUAUAGGUAGAUGAAAACAAUACUUGAAUAAUAAAAAUGAUAGGAAUAGGAAUAGGAUAGUCGAAUAUGUAAUUAAGUUUGGUGAUGGUAAUUACUCUCGUAACGUAUUGCCUACUUGUAGCAUAAUAAAUUCGAUACCUAUAAACUAUAAGGUAAUCAUAAUUGUGAAUAUAAAUAUAUGUAUAUCUCUACCGGAUGUACUACGGCGAGUCCAAAAGGAUGUAAUAACAAAUACAUAUACUGUUUCUGGUAACGAAUUUUCGAAUAAAGCUUUUUGUUUUUACCGA